AUGGUCAAGAGAGCGCGCGGGGCGGACGCCUCAAAUCCGCAUAAGCGGCAGAAGGUUGUCCACGAGGCGCCAACGAGCGAAGAGAUCCACACGAGCCGGCAGCUGAUGCAGUUGCUCUCCUUUGACCAAGAUUUGCAGAAAGCAAGACAUGGCUUGCAAUCAUUCAAAGUUUUUCUCGACGGACUGCUGUCAAAGAAUGGUGCCGACGAUGAGAAGGUCCAGAUUUUGAGGGACUAUCUCGAGUCAGCUAAACGGCAAGAUGGCGAAUUCGAAGCGACUUCCUUGCCGGACAUCAUGGAGACCUGGAGCUUCGCUGCUCAUGCAAACAACGACAACAUCAUGUCCGCGGUUGCAGUGACUCUGGAUCUGCUGAUGAAAUUCAUAUCCCAACGGCUUGAUUUUACGGCGCUUGGGCUAGGUAUCGGCCGUACGCUAUUGCAGACACGACAUCAGGAACUCAUAGCCCGGAAUUUGUCAGCUGACAAAGGCAAAGAAUUCAUUUUCUCACCAACCUUGAGGCUUCUCAGGGAGGUCAUAUGCCUCGAUGGUGGUACUCUGGCUAAGCCAAUGUUUCGCGGUCAGAGCCUUACCUUCAAGUCCCUGGCCCGUAAUAUGGGAAUGAAGCAUCUUGGAACGGGGCUUGAGGAUUUCAAAAGACCCUCGGCCCGUACAAAUGCCAUUCGAUUCUUCUUGAGUGCCCUCAAAUUCCUCCCCGCAGAGGGAAAGGCCGAAUUGCUAUUACAAAGGGAACUUGCUCCAGCGCUGACGAAAUCGUUGCUGGAUGACCCUCCAUAUCUAAUCUUUGAGAUCCUUGACACGCUGAGGAAUCACGUCGUCAAGGACGGUAAGCUCGCCGGCUACUCGAAAAGCAAGCUGCUCAAUUCUCUGACUCUGGGAAGACUGGCGUCUCUCUACCAAUACAAGCACAACGGUUCCUGGGAGGAGGGCCCCCGGACGACGGUGGAAGAGGCCGUACAUGAAUUCCUCACCCUGACUUGCACAUCGCCAUCUGCCGGCGUUCUGAGGCCGCAGUCAGGGUUUUAUCCCAGGAGCAUUGAUCCAGAUGCUGCUCUACUCCCUUCAGCUGAAGAUGAGGUGGAGCCUGGGCUAGAGAGCAUAGUAUGGAUGUAUAAGUUCAAAGACGACGUGCCUGUACGCAACGUCAUCUUGGCCGACUUCAUCCAAAGCUCCAGCUUACGCCCAUGGUCAAGUCAGAAACACAGCGAGCUACUUGUCACUGUAUUCCAAGCUGCUCCUGAAUUAGUUGCGCACUACUUCAUCAACAAAAGAUCCUUCACAUUUGAACCAAAGCUGUCAGCGACGUGGAUCGGCUACUCGGCGUUUUUAUUCAAGACCAUCGAAUCGCCCUUGCCUGAUUUCUUUGGCCACAAGAAUGGGUUUGCCAUGCUUCCUCCACCGACAUCGAUCAUGAUUGAUAACAUACUGCCGCUUCCAAUGGAUCAGAAGAUCCUUGUGAAGUGUCUGACACAAAAGGUAGAGCUCAUAUCAUUCGUGGCAGUCAGACUGCUCGUGAUGGCGAUACAGAAGCUCCAGGCCGCUUUAAUGAUGCACGAGGAGGCAGCCAAAGCUCAAAACAAGCCGCUGUGGAAUGAUUCUGCAAGAAAGCUCGUCGAUGCGUUUUGCCAGCGAGCACCCGGCAUCAAAGACGUUAUUGCUUGCUACCGAGAAGUCGGUGACUCGGAUCUCCUCCAGCGGGAAGCAACAAGCAAACUGUUGAGGCUAUACUACGAAGUCACACCGCAGGUGGCUUUGAUGGCCAAAUUCGACGUAUCACCCCUGCUGAUCUCCGCAAUCAAGCGGUUAAAUGAAGCUGAGGAAACCCCUGAAGAUAGAGCACUGCGGUUGGUUGAGCUGGAAAAUUUGCUCGCGGUUGCUGGCUAUUCUCCUGGCAUGAGGUGGUUCUCCAAAACACAAGGGUUGUCAUUAUCACCAUUCGUGGCCUUGUUAAAGGUUUCCGUUGCUGCUCCUAUCGGCGUAUCACUCGAGGGACUCAAGAGUGCUCUGGGAGCUGUCGCAGAAGAACACCAACUUGUUCAAUCUGGGAGCGGCGAUCCACUGCCUUUACUGACGGUUCUUCACUCCAUAAGAGACUCGAGAAACUUGGCUUCUUGUGAUGCCUUGUGGGCUCUACUCGACAAUAGCACAUCACGAUGUGCCACGGCUCCUGUCAAGUACCUCGAGAUGAUCAAGGACCUUGUGUCUGACGAUCAGAGUGAAGCGACUAAGUCCUCGGGCUCAUUGAGUCCUUUUACGUUUGCCCUAUUGGAGCAGCUGCCAUUCGCUAUAAGCUCAGCGAGCGAAGACGAAAUAUCAGUCUUGGCGCACCUCAUAUCCACUUACAUGUUGUACACAAAAGGUACAAGCGACGGUGGGGAUGGAUUCAACGCGCUUCUUGAGAAGUUUGAAUUGGCUUUCUCUGAGAGGCCCACUGGGAAGAAGUUGCUCAAGAAAUACACAAAGCAGGCAAACGCCGCACGAGAGCUGCAGAGCUGGGGUGCAGACUUCUCGACGGGGGAGGAUGAACAUCGUUCCCAGGUAGAGGAUAAGCAACAAGCCGACCAAAUCUUGUCGGAGAAAGCACUGGCCAAUCUUCUUUCGGCGCCCUCUUCUCUGGUCCAGGACAAUUCAGCACUGUCGAAGUGGGCGACCAAAGAGGCGGACGAGCUUGUCGAGGAGGGAUACGCAGCGUCUGUUGUAUCCUUACUCGCCUCUGAACACACCAGCAUUCGGAAAGAAGCCCUCGUCAACAUCGCAAAAAUGGCCGCCAAGAUCAAAGACUCGUCGUAUGAGGAGAAAGAGCAGGUCUGGCUGCUCCUGUCUGAACUCGUGGAAUCGUGCAAAGGCCACGUCGAUACGGGGCCGAUACCGAACUUCAUUGUAGCCUUUGCACAGAAUGCGCUUGACGUGCUCAAAGACCCUCUGCAUUGCCUGUAUGGGAAGUUGAAUUCAUUCCUCAUCAAAGGACCGACGUGGAGGCUCGACAAGCUACCCUUGGUCUACGACAUUCUACAGGACGGACCUGAACUUGAUGAUACUUAUUACUCAGAGCUCAGCUGGCUGUUUUCCUAUCUCCUAGACGGUGUACAAGCGGAGCCAGACAUGGCCCUGUACCACAACACGCGCCUGUUUGAGCGGCUACUGUCCCUGGCAAGCAAUCCCUACCUACGCCAGAACCUCAGAGCGCAGAUACUGAGGAUCAUUUACCGGUCGACGUGCAUUGAAGGCGGAAGCACGACCUUGGUCACUAGGUUUGGUAUUGUCAGCUGGCUUGAGGCACAGAGUGCUGCUUGCGAGUUGCAACAGGAGCGUGAGACUUACAGGGCUCUUCUGAGGAGGAUAUGGGAGACUUCGGACAAGGAGCGUGCUGCUGUCUGGAGUAAUGGUGGUAUCAAAGAUGUUGGUAUAGUGAAUUGA